AAUCCAUGCAGGAAAUGCAAGAACCAGAAAGGAUCACGGUGGCAGACCCAAACGAGAUAAAAAGAGCAAAGUUGACUUUGGCUCAGAGGAUGAAGAAGAAAAGCAAGAGCCUCAUGGGAAAUAUAUACCAGCUACCGAAAAAUCUGAUAAUACAAGACGAAAAGAAUCGCUUGGCCAAAUAUGAAAUUGGCGAGAGGAGGCCAGAUGGAGAACCUGGAAAGGUACUCAUGGUAGUCGGAGCCACAGGAGCAGGAAAGAGUACUCUUAUCGAUGGGAUGGCAAACUAUGCCUAUGGAGUGAAGUAUGAAGAUGAUUUCCGUUUCAAAUUGAUCGUGGAUGAGGGAAAGAAGCCCCAAAUCCACAAGCAGACCACGUGGAUCACAUCAUACGUUCUGCACAAGCAGCGGGGAUUCAUUCGCCAUUCUGACGAGUUGGACGAAUUUGGGAAGACCUAUUGGAAAAUGGGCGUUGAAACUUUCAAAGCAUUCUUCCAAACACUCAAAAAAGGAAACUCCGUUAGUCUCACACUAACGGAAGAAGUUUUGAACCAGAGGCAACGCUUGGAGAGAGUAGUCCAAGGCAUCCAACUCCAAAUUACGUUAGGUUUGCAGACGCUGAAGCAGCUGAGGCAAGAACAUGCAGCGUUGAGGCAGCACGAGGCUGAAAUGGAAGCAAACAGGGACUUCACCUGCAAGGUCAAGGUCCAGAAACAAUUAAAAGUAGAAUUGGAUAUUGAUGAGCGCGCGACAAACUGCCUGAGAUGCGACUUCACUUGCCACUACCCUUGUACGACUCCGCAAGAUGAGAAACAUCUCUGCUCUGCCAUGGGAGUCGAUAUGGAGACAGGAGAAGUGACGCACUGUCUCGUCUGUCCUGGCCAAUGUCCUCCGGAGUUGCACGUCAACGAUCCAUAUCGGUUUGAAUUGUUUGANGGAAAGAGUACUCUUAUCGAUGGGAUGGCAAACUAUGCCUAUGGAGUGAAGUACGAAGAUGAUUUCCGUUUCAAAUUGAUCGUGGAUGAGGAAAAGAAGCCCCAAAUCCACAAGCAGACCACGUGGAUCACAUCAUACGUUCUGCACAAGCAGCGGGGAUUCAUUUUGCCCAAUACCAUAACUGUCAUAGACACGCCCGGAUUUGGAGAUACUGAUGACAUAAAAGCGGAUGAAGAAUUAAAGAAUCAGAUCGGGGAGUUCUUUCUAAAUGGUGGGGCGAUCGGAGUAGAUCAACUUGAUGGAAUCUGUUUCGUUUUGCAGGCCUCCCUGACCAGUCUCACUCCCACGCAAAAAUACAUAUUCGACUCCAUCUUGUCGGUAUUUGCAAAUGAUGUCGAAGACAAUAUAUAUGUAUUGACCACAUUUUCGGACGGCCAGAAACCCCCAGUGUUGGAAGCCAUUGCAAAAGCAGGCAUCCCAUAUAAAAACCUAUUCAAAUUUAAUAAUUCAGCUCUCUUCUCAGUUCGCCAUUCUGACGAGUUGGACGAAUUUGGGAAGACCUAUUGGAAAAUGGGCGUUGAAACUUUCAAAGCAUUCUUCCAAACACUCAAAAAAGGAAACUCCGUUAGUCUCACACUAACGGAAGAAGUUUUGAACCAGAGGCAACGCUUGGAGAGAGUAGUCCAAGGCAUCCAACUCCAAAUUACGUUAGGUUUGCAGACGCUGAAGCAGCUGAGGCAAGAACAUGCAGCGUUGAGGCAGCACGAGGCUGAAAUGGAAGCAAACAGGGACUUCACCUGCAAGGUCAAGGUCCAGAAACAAUUAAAAGUAGAAUUGGAUAUUGAUGAGCGCGCGACAAACUGCCUGAGAUGCGACUUCACUUGCCACUACCCUUGUACGACUCCGCAAGAUGAGAAACAUCUCUGCUCUGCCAUGGGAGUCGAUAUGGAGACAGGAGAAGUGACGCACUGUCUCGUCUGUCCUGGCCAAUGUCCUCCGGAGUUGCACGUCAACGAUCCAUAUCGGUUUGAAUUGUUUGAAGAAGAGGAGACGAAAACAUCCGAAGAGAUGAAGGCGAAGUACGAAGUAGCGGCUGGGAAAAAGUUAAAUAAAGAAGGAAUCGUCAAGAAACUCGUUAAGAACUUCAAUCGUGAGAGAGCACAUGUACUGGAGCUAACCAAGUGGGCACAUGAACCCCUACAGAAACUGGAGCUAAUUGCCCUGAAGUCUGAUCUUUCUGGGGUCAUGGAUUACAUCGACCUCUUGAUCAAAACCGAACAAAUAAAAGGGAGACCAGGUCAUUUGCAGAGGAUCAGAUACCUUGAAGAGGCAAAAGCCAGAGAUGAAUUGACUGAGAAACUCAAGAAACGUCUCGAUCCCUUCGAAGAACAUAUGAAGCAUCUAGAAGAAAAAGGGUUUAAUAUGAGCCUCUUUGGGCCAGAUCCAAUCGAAUAUCAAGAAAAAUGGCAUUCUUAAGCGACUCUAUGCUUGAGGAAGAAGAUACGCUUUGAUCCUUUUACAAAUUGCAAAAAUGAGUGGAGAUUUAUGAAUUUAGCGAGUCUGGAUGACGCGAGACCGAUG